AUGUCAACUCCGCUGACUCUGAAACGAGACAUCUCGCCUCCUCCACUGCGGAAAGGCUCGACCGUACAAACGACGAAUGGAGACAAACGACGAAAGAGCAGUCUGACGGAUUGUUCCCGUCGUGACGAUGAGCAGAAAAAUCUAUCAAGUGCCGGGCCGUCACUGGCAGCCAUAGAAGCAGGCCAAGUCGAAAUACGCAACCAUCUCGACUACUUCACCUCGCAUUUCAAGCAAGUCUUGCGCCCUGCAACGACGGCACGCCUCGACAUCGAUGAGUUCAAUCAGCUCUACCGUCGCAAUCGACACGUGCACGGUCGUCACUUUGUAGUACAUCAGCACGAUCAUCCUGUCUCUGGCGUGCAUUACGAUCUCCGACUGCAGUUCUCCGACUCAAGCACUCUCUCUUUCGCCAUUCCUUAUGGCUUACCCGGGAAUGCCAAUUCUCGAAGGCCCACGCGCAUGGCCAUCGAGACGAGAGUCCACAAUCUAUGGAACAACCUGAUAGAAUCCGCAUCCCACUCCACAGGCUCGCUUCUCAUCUGGGACACGGGAGAGUACGAAGUCCUCCCGUGGCGGCAAACCGACACCCGCUCGACGGACGACGAACACUCGGAUGCCGCUCAACGGGACGGAGACAAGUCAAGCGAGCAGUCACACAGUGAGCGCCUCGCGAAAAGCUUCCAGCAACGUCGCAUACGGCUACGACUGCACGGCACCCGCUUGCCCACAAACUACACAAUCUCGAUGUGGCUCUCCUCAACAAAUGAUCGAGACUGUCAGCCCAAAAAGCCCAAACGGAAGCGUCGACGCAUCGACCCCACCAAAACGGCCAACAAAUUUGAAAUCAUGACAUCAAGCGAGAGCGAGUCAGCAGAGAUGCAGCAGGUAAAGCAAUCACUCGAUCCAGCCGUUAAGAACGAACAAGAAGAAGAGCAAGACGCAGCCGCAGGCGUAGCUUCCGACGCCGAGGACGAGGACGCCUCCAUCCGCGCCAACAAUGCCUAUCCUGGAGCAAACAAUACUAUUGGUUCCAUUCACCAGCGCUCCUGGUUCUUAACGCUUGACAAGAAGAAUUCCGGGUUUGAGCGGAUUCGCUCCGGGCCGGAUGCUGGGAGGCGGAGAGGUGGAUGGGAGCCUUUCUUUGUGCGAGGGAGGGAUCAUGAGAGAAGUGUGGUCACCGGGCGGAGCGCGGAUGAGGUGAUGGAGGACGAAGGAGUGGACAAGUUUGUUGGGAGGAAGAUGUGGCGGCCGAUUACAGGGUGA